AUGAGCAAGGAGAAGACAUAUAGCACCAAUCUUGAGCUUCCUUGGGUGGAAAAGUACCGCCCGAUGGUGCUUAAUGAUGUGGUGGGCAACGAGGAAACAGUGGAACGGCUCAAAGUGAUUGCCCACGACGGUAACAUGCCCCACAUGAUCAUCCUGGGGCUUCCCGGGAUUGGGAAGACAACUUCCGUACACUGUCUUGCCCGAGAGCUUCUUGGGGACCAAUAUAACCAGGCUACACUUGAAUUGAACGCCUCAGAUGAUCGGGGGAUCGACGUUGUGCGUAACAAAAUCAAACAGUUUGCUCAGACCAAAAUCCUGCUACCUCCUGGCCGUCAUAAGAUUAUUAUCCUCGAUGAGGCUGACUCGAUGACUCCCGGGGCUCAGCAGGCGUUGCGGCGGACAAUGGAGAUCUACUCAAAAACUACACGGUUUGCCUUUGCUUGCAACCAGCUGCUGAAAAUCAUUGAGCCGUUGCAGUCACGGUGUGCCAUUUUGCGGUAUAAUAAGUUGAGCGACGCCGAAGUGUUGGCUCGAUUACUUGAAGUGGCCAAAGCUGAGAACGUUGAAUAUACUAGUGAAGGUAUGCAAGCGCUUAUCUUCACGGCCGAAGGUGACAUGAGACAAGCGAUCAACAAUCUACAAUCUACGGUGGCCGGGUUUGGCUUGGUCAACGAUGUUAAUGUGUUCAAAAUCGUUGACCAGCCUCAUCCGUUAGUGAUCCAAAAGAUCUUGCUGUUGUGUAAGCAACGCGAUAUCGACGGGGCCCUUGCUCAACUAGAUGAAUUGUGGAAGAAAGGGUACUCCGCCAUUGACAUCGUCACUACCACCUUCAGAGUGGCCAAGUACUGGCAGGGGACCCUGGAAACGGGACGGUUGGAGGUGAUCAAGGAAGUGGGGUUCACCCACAUGAGGGUGUUGGAAGGGGUGUCGUCGUACCUCCAGGUCGCAGGUAUGUUCGCCAAAAUCUGUAAAUUGAACUUGUAA